UUGUUUCGCGUUGGGGUUUGAGGUGUUUUUGUCAAUUUAAUUCAUCUGCUUCACUAUCUUUGCUCUUAGGACGAAUUUGGCUAGAAGAAUAGCCUUCUGAAUAAGGAUUGAGUUUUAGAGGAAGAACAGAGUAGUUGCUUCCAAUGGAGGCAAAUCGAGAACCAUUGUUAAAGAAGGUAUACUACGAUGAUUGCCCAGGUUGUAAGGUUGAUCAGCUUAAAGAAACGAGGCGAGGCAUACCUUACAGAGAGUUCUUUUAUGUAUGGCUUGUGGUGCUGUGCAACGCUUUGCCAAUUGCAUCUCUCUUUCCAUUCUUGUACUUCAUGAUAAGAGACUUUCAUAUUGCUAAAAGGCAGGAAGAUAUAAGCUAUUAUGCAGGUUAUGUGGGAUCUGCAUUUAUGCUUGGAAGAGCUUUGACUUCUGUUUUCUGGGGAAUCGUUGCUGAUCGAUAUGGUAGAAAACCUGUAAUAAUGAUAGGCACCAUUUCAUUGGUCAUUUUCAACACUCUCUUCGGCUUCAGUACAAGCUUUUGGAUGGCUGUUUCUAUGAGGUUUCUUCUUGGAAGCUUCAAUGGUCUUCUUGGUCCAGUAAAGGCAUAUGCUUCUGAAGUAUGCCGUGAAGAAUAUCAGCCUCUAGGACAAUCUCUUGUUAGCACAGCAUGGGGCAUAGGAUUGAUCGUUGGUCCAGCUCUUGGAGGCUUCCUGUCUCAGCCUGCAGAGAAAUAUCCAAAUAUUUUUUCUGAAAAGUCUCUCUUCGGGAGGUUUCCGUAUUUAUUACCUUGCCUUGUCACAUCAGUCUUUGCAGUGGGUGUAUUUGUUGCUUGUUUUUGGCUUCCAGAAACAUUGCACAUGCAUAAGGAAAACAAAGAAGAACGACAUGACUCAUAUGAUGCUCUGGAGGCUCCAUUAGAUGUGUCUGAUGCCAAAGAAGUGACAGCUGAAACUCAGGGAGGCAGAACACCUAAUGAAAGCCUCUUAAAGAAUUGGCCACUAAUGUCAGCUAUUGUUGUGUACUGUGUUUUUUCACUUCAUGAUAUGGCCUAUGCAGAGAUCUUUUCUUUAUGGGCUGUCAGUCCAAGAAAGCUUGGGGGAUUGAGUUAUUCAACUGAUGAUGUUGGUGAAAUUCUUUCAAUCUCAGGCUUUGGGCUUCUUGUCUUUCAACUAUUGCUAUAUCCAUUGUUUGUGAAGGCAUACGGUGUUAUAAAUAUAUGUCGUGUUGCAGCGGUCUUAUCUAUAUUUUUGCUGUCAAGUUACCCCUUUAUAGCAAAGCUAUCUGGGUUCAACCUUGCUCUGUUGAUAAAUUGUGCAUCUACAUUGAAGAACGUCCUCUCUGUUUCCAUUAUCACAGGGACAUUCAUUCUACAGAAUAAUGCAGUGGAUCAACACCACCGAGGUGCUGCAAAUGGCAUCUCUAUGACGGCUAUGUCUUUUUUCAAAGCAGUUGGUCCUGCUGGAGGAGGCAUUCUGUUGUCUUGGGCACAAAAACGUCAGGAUGCUUCCUUUCUCCCAGGUCCUCAGAUGGUUUUCUUCAUACUAAAUGUGAUUGAAGUGAUUGGCUUGCUAAUGACAUUCAAACCAUUUCUUGCUCUACCAAGCACUAGACUGCAAUGAAACCAAUCAUAUCUCAGGCUGCAGCAAUCAUCAGGGUAAAUCAUCCUUUUUGCAUAUGACUAAGACUUUCUUAGCUGUGCCCCUGCCACAAAUGAGCCAAAGCCCAUAUCUAUGUGGAUAUCAAUAUAUCGAUCAUGUCUCUGUUACAAGACGGCAAUUAUAAAUAGAAAUUAUUUGAAUAAAA